GUGUAAAACUUGACGAAGAACUUGCAAAUGCUAAAAAGAGGAUUUAUAUAUUUAGAAUUCAAGAUGAAUUAUAUUAUCAAAUUGGAGAUUUAAUGCUAAGAGAUGAUAAUCAAAAACCAAUAUUUGCUCAAAUUUACUUUUAUGGUUCAAAUAUAAAUAAUCAACUUCAAAGAAGAUAA